AUGGACGACUCGGCCAAGGUCCUCUCCGAGGCCCUCAACGUGGUUAAGGUGCAGCUCGUGCAGAUGAAGCGAUGCCUCGAUGCGGACCAAGUCAUGGAUGCGCUCAAGAGCGCUUCCACUAUGCUCUCGGAGCUGAGGACGUCAUCGCUAUCCCCAAAGAACUACUACGAGCUGUACAUGGCCGUCUUCGAUGCGCUACGACAUCUCUCCAUCUACCUCUACGAUGCCCAUUCGACCGGCAAACACCACCUCGCCGACCUAUACGAGCUUGUACAGUACUGCGGCAACAUCGUGCCCCGACUCUAUCUCAUGAUCACCGUCGGAAGCGUCUACAUGUCGAUACCCGACGCUCCCAUCAAGGAAAUCAUGAAGGACGUCAUGGAGAUGAGUCGAGGUGUUCAGCAUCCGACCCGAGGUCUCUUCCUCCGUCACUAUCUCAGCGGCGCCACUCGCGACUACCUCCCCGUCGGCCAAGACAUGGGACCAGGCGGCAACCUCCAAGACAGCAUCGGCUUCGUCCUCACCAAUUUCAUCGAGAUGAACAAGCUCUGGGUCCGUCUGCAACACCAAGGCCACUCCAGAGACCGUGAGAAGCGCGAGAUGGAACGCAAAGAGCUGCGCAUCCUUGUUGGCACCAACCUCGUCCGACUCAGCCAGCUCGAAGGCGUCGACCUCGAAAUGUACCAACGCACCAUCUUGCCAUCUAUCCUCGAGCAAGUGGUCAACUGCAAGGACGUCAUCGCACAAGAGUAUCUCAUGGAGGUCGUCAUCCAAGUCUUUCCCGACGAUUUCCACCUCCGCACCUUGGGUCCUUUCCUCUCGGCAUGUGCGGCUCUGCAUCCAAAAGUCAACAUCAAGCAGAUCGUCAUUGCCCUCAUUGACCGCCUCGCCGCCUAUGCAGCACGCGAAGCAGAGAACGACAGCCCGGAAGAGAUCAAGAGGCAAGAGGAGGAAGCGAGCCGCCGUCUGGCCGAAAAGACGCGACAGAUGAGGAUGACGGGACAGAGCGCUGGGCCUGGCUCCGUAUGGGACGAAGUCACCGCCUCGGGGGAUCCAAAAGCCAAGGCUGCCGACAUCGCUGAACCCGCAUCACCUACCGGCGCAGAUCUUCGCUCGAUGCCGCCACCACCAGUCGAAGCAAGCGGCUUCGGAAUGUCGUCAGCGGACAGAGACUCGGCCGCUGCACCUAACGUGGCCACCCACAGCUCCGAAGAGCCCGUCUUCCGCAGCGUCCCAGAAGGUCUCGAUGAGGACGCAUGGGGCUCGACGGGCGGCAGCGGCACUGGCGCCGUAUCUGCGUCUGCGUCCGCCACGUGGGCGUCGCAGACCGACGACGGAACAGACGCAAGUAGCGCGCAGCACACCGCAGAGACCCGAGCCACCUCGACAGCAGGAGGCGCCGCUAACGACGGGCACAACGCUCGCGCUCAAGAGUUCCCCUCCGCAGGCUUCAGCACGGGUGACAACGCCAACGGAGCGCCAGCCAACGGCGAUGCUGAAAAGGCAGCGGCACCCGCACAAUCGCAAGCACCUCGCCCACCAGCCGUAUCAGAAAAGCCGGUGGGCAAAUUCAGAGGCAUCCCCGAGGAUGUGCGUCUCUUCGAGGUCUUCUGGGAGCAGAUCGUCCAGCUCAUCCGUGCACGCCCGGACCUCAUCAUCCAAGACAUCACGGCACUGCUCGUCUCGCUCGCCAACCUCUCGCUCAGCUGCUACCCCGACAAGCUCGAGUACGUCGACCAGGUGCUCGCCUUCGCACGCGAAAAGGUGGUCGAGUUCGAGCAGAGCCCCGACCUGCACAGCCCCGCGACCACCACCAACCUCAACUCGCUGCUCCUCUCGCCCAUCAACUCGUACCUCACGGUCUUGACGCUGCUGGCGUUGCCAUCGUACCUUUCGCUCCUCUCGGUGCAGCCAUACACGACACGCAAAUCGAUCGCACAGGCCGUCGUCAUGUCGGUCCUGCGCAACGAGACCGUCAUGUCGACGCCCGAGGAUGUCAGCGGCGUGCUCGACCUGUGUGCCCCCAUCAUUCGCGAUCACAAAGACGCGAUCAUGGGCGGCAUGCCUCACGGCGGCGUGCAUAUGGGCGCUGGAGGUUCCGGCAGUCAGGGUGGCUACGGCGGCGGCUAUGGCCACUAUGCUGGCGGCGACCCGAGGAUGGCCCAAGGCAUGUACGGUGCUGGAUCCCGAGGCAUGGGUCGCCACCACAUGAUGCAGUUCGACAUGGAGGAGAUGGCCGAGGAGCAAGGUUGGAUCGCUCGCAUGAUCCAUCUCUUCCGUGCCGACGAGCUCGAGACGCAAUUCAGUUUGCUGCAGACCGCACGCAAGCACUUUGUCGACGGCGGCGAACGCAUCAAAUUUACACUGCCACCUCUCAUCACCUCUGCCCUCAAGCUGGCACGCCGCUACAAGCUGCGCGAGAGGAAGGAGCCAAAUUGGGAGACCAAGAUGCUGACGCUGUACAAGUUCAUCCACCAGGUCAUCUCGAUCCUGUACAACAAGGUCGAGUCGUCGGACAUUUGCCUUCGGCUGUUCCUGCUCGCUGCGCAGUCGGCAGACGAGAGCGGCUUCGAAGAGCUCGCGUACGAGUUCUACGUGCAGUCGUUCACGAUCUACGAGGAGUCCAUCUCGGAGUCUCGCGCACAGCUCCACGCCAUCGGGUUGAUCAUCAGCACCCUGCAAACGGCUCGCGUGUUCGGCACCGACAACUACGACACGCUCAUCACCAAGGCGGCGCUGCAUGGCGCCAAGCUGCUCAAGAAGCCGCACCAGGCUGCUGCGGUCAUGAUGGCCAGUCACCUGUGGUGGCAGACCGAGACGCCGGGACAUCCGUCCGGUCCUGCUACUAGCUCUUCUUCCGCCACUGGCAACACGGCAGCGAACAACAGCGUUGCCGCUAGCACCACCACCACGCCGGGCAACGGAGGUAGCGCUGCCAAGGAGAGCAAGCCGAUUCUGCUCAAAGAUGGCAAACGCGUCCUCGAAUGCCUCCAGAAAUCGCUCCGCAUCGCCAACAGCUGCAUCGACGAGCGCAGCACCGUCGAGAUCUUCUGCUCGGCGCUCGACCAGUAUCUGUACUACUUUGAGCAGCAGGUGGAAGCGGUGGCGCCCAAGUACAUCAAUUCUUUGGUGGAGCUCAUUUCGAACGGGCUGGAUUCGCUCAUGACCGCGGAAGCCGAUGGUGCGCAUGGCCCGGGUGGGACAGGGGGUGCGCCAGUGACUUCGCAUCCCGCGAUCGUGGGUGGUGGCUUCCUGGAAUUGCCUACUACACCGGACAGCUGUUUGAGACACUUUAAGGCACAGUUGCAGUAUAUUAAGACCAGGAAGGAGGCCGCUGCGUUGUCGUUGGCUAAUGCGAACCCGCAGACGAGUACGGAUGGUGCAGCUGCCAAGUCGGCUGAUUGGGGCGCGGUGCAGAUCGGACCGAGUCUCACCAAGUUUGGCGUCAAGUAA